AUGGCUUCUAAACCACCAGGACAGUGCUGCAUUGAGACCAACUUCCACGAGGGAACUACUCAAGGUAAACUGGAGACCAUUUUCGGAUUGGAUACUUAUGUUGUAGGCAAUUCCGAGUCUAGAUUCAUUGUGAUUGCUACCGAUAUUUAUGGCCACAAGUACAACAAUGUGCGUUUGAUUGCCGAUCAAUUCGCUAAGGAUGGUUACAAGGUGUACGUUCCAGAUAUUUUGAAGGGAGAUCCAGUAGUUCCGGGCGAUGAUUUGCCAAAAUGGCUCCAAAAUCACACUUUGGAGAUCACAGAGCCAAUUUACGUUGGAUUCUUGUCUAAGCUCCGUGAGGAGGUUGGCAAAUCUGCUUUCAUUGGCUCAGUUGGUUACUGUUUCGGUGCAAAGUACGUCAUUCGCCAAUUGAGCGCUGAUGGCUUGAUUGAUGCCGGUGCCAUUGCUCACCCUUCUUUCGUUGGCAUUGAGGAGGUUGCUGAGAUCAAGAAGCCUCUUCUCAUUUCUGCCGCCGAGACUGACUCUAUUUUCCCUGCUGAGUUGAGACGCCAAACCGAGGACAAGUUGGUCGAGAUUGGUGCCAGAUACCAGCUUACCUUGUUCAGCGGAGUCGCCCACGGUUAUGCUGUCAGAGGCGACAUGUCGGACCCAGUGGUGAAGUACUCGGCAGAGAAGACUUUGAGCGACCAGAUUGUGUGGUUCGGCUUGUUCUAG